AUGUUAUCAUCUAUUGCAUACAACAACAUGCCAAAUACAAAUUCAUUAUCAAAAUAUGGUUUACAUCAUCAGAGUAAUCCACAACAACAAGGACCAAAUUCCAAUUCUUCAGUUGUGCAAAAUCAACAACUACAUUCGUCAGUUACCUUACCAUCUAUUCAUUCAUUAAAUAUACCGGCUUUUCCCCAUAUUGAAGAACAACAACCUACUUUAUUAAAUAAUGAUUACAGAUCAACCGCUUUUAAACAUUAUGCAACUACAAAUUCAAACAAUAAUCCUAUAAGAGCAAAUACAACAGCUACAAAUUCCCCUACAUUAUUAAUUCCAAAAUCUGAAUCAUUACCAAUUAACAUAAACAAUAUUAAUAACAAUAAUAACAAUAAUAACUCUAUGUUAUUGAGUCCAAUUGGAUCUCCAUUUAAUAACUCAAUAAAUAAUACAAUGGAACCUAAUAGAGCUAGGAGUUAUUCCGAUCCAUAUCAAAUUAAACAAGAAAUAUCAUCUCUAACAACCCCUCCAUACAGUAAUAAUCUAGAACCUUUACAAUCACCUACUCAAAUUAACAAAAAGAAUUGGAAACCGAGAAAGAAGAGACAAUGUCCAGAAUGUAAAUUAUAUUUUUCAAACUUAGCUACUCAUAAAUCAACGCAUUUAAAACCAACAAAUAGACCACAUAUUUGUAAAUAUUGUCAAAGAGGUUUCGCAAGACCAAAUGAUUUAUUUCGUCAUGUAAAAUGUCAUUGGAAAGAAAUUGGUAUAGAUAAUCAAUUUAGAUGUCCUUUUAAAAAUAUUCAACAACAUGAUGGUGCUCGAAAUAUUCCAAUUGGUCCUGAUCAUUGCUGUCAUAAUACCGGUAUUUUUUCAAGAUGUGAUACAUUCAAAAAUCAUUUAAAAGCUAUACAUUUUCAAUAUCCAAAUGGUACUAAAAAAGAUCAAAGAACAAAAGUUUCAGGUAAAUGUAGAAUUUGUCAAGCUGAUUUCCAAAAUGUCGAUGAUUGGAUGCAUAAUCAUAUUGAAAAGAAUUUAUGUCCUUAUGCAAUUAAUUUAAUAAAAAAAUGA